CAUGGAACCAUGGGCUUAUGAAACGACACUGCGUGAAUCCUAGGUCCGUUUGCCGUAUUAUCAGUAAAGUCGCCGGCGGUGGUCGCGUCUUCCUCACCUAACCACCCCUACACUCUUCGAGUCUUCAAUUCUCAAAUUCCUGAAAAGCUUCAACUGCAAUACUUUCUCCCUCGUUCGUGCCUCCCUGCUCUAGGUCUCUAGGGUUAGGGUUUCCACCAUGACGACUUCAGACGACGAAGACGAAAUUCUCGCUCUUUUUCUCGAAUCAGAGAUUCUCGCCGAGGUCUCCGAUGAGGAAGAAGCCAAAACGACGCCACCGUUGAAGAAAUUGCGAGUCGACAAAGAGAAGUCUCAAGCUGGGAGUUGCAGCAAAGUCCCUGGAAGGUUUGAGACGGAGAUUUUUAGCAAGAUUCCUGGGGAGCUUUUCCAUCAUAUCUUUAAGUUCCUUUCUUCGGAGGAUCUUGUUGCAUGCUCGUUGGUUUGCAAAUUUAUGAAUUGUGCAGCAUCUGAUGAAAGUCUAUGGCGUCGAUUGUACUGUAUACGUUGGGGUUUGUCAGCUCCCUCUAAAAAGUUAUGUGACUGUGCUUGGAAAAAGCUUUACAUUCAGCGCGAUGGUGAGGACAUGGUUGAAUUUGUUAGGAACACUCCUUCCGAGUUCAAGGAGUAUUAUAUACAAAUGCAGGCAGCCAAGAGAAGCCAAGCUCCACUUCCUUCUCAAGUGAAUGAUGACCACAUAAUUCUUGACAAAACAGUGGCUGAUCAAGUGUCCACGUGGAAAAGCAGUAGAGGCCUGACUGAUGAGCUGGUUGCUGGCCAUUCUUGUUCUGGAGAGACAUGUACAUACUACCAAAUUGGAGAUGUUUUCGUAUGUGAGAAGACUGGACGUGUUCAUGUAUGCGAUGAUACAUGCAGAGAAGUUAUUCUGGAUCCCACCAGUCAACUUUUGGUGUGUACAAUUUCUGGGCACUGUUUUGAUAGAAUGCUUUCACCUGCAGAAAUGGAACCAGAUGCAGAAUCCAGGAACAGCAACAGGGUGGUGUUACUGAUGAAGCAGAACCGUUCAUGGGAUCUGGCCGAUUUGCACGCGCUUAUCUGUUGGGUUAUAACUGUGAUGAUGAGAGGGAGCUUGAAAGAGCACUGAGGUUUU